AUGGAUCCCAGAAUGUGUCCCCUGCUCAAUCUUGCAGUAUACAUCGAGGCAACGGUGAAUGUGGCAAGAUCUUCUUUCUUAUUUGGAAAUCCAAACGAUAAAGAUCGAGUGGUGAGGCGUUUUCUAGCUGAUACAAUUAAAAAAUCGGAAUUUAAGUCGUUGAAGACGGGAAAGCUGGGAACGCACAGCUUCCGUAAAGGUGCUGCUACUUAUGCGACUCGUAGUGGCGUCGUCGACGUGUAUAUCGACAACACUCAGCCUUAUCCGGACGCAUGCACCGCCGCAGUCCUUGCUGGUCCAGCUGGACCUUGCUUUUACUCGCUGAAAGAGGGCAUGCGGUGUGUCACUACACCACUUCUCGUCGACGAGAUUGCUCCAACAAUUAAACAGGUCAUGGGAGAGCCAAUAGCAAAAACAUUGGCACAGGUGUUACUGUGGGCUGCGCUGGAGACGGAUUCCAGCUUUAAUUAUUGUCUUCUUCCGGAAAAGCUGAAAAAAAGAAUUUUACGGGCUUACAUUAACGCCGGUGGAAGUACGAAUUUGAAUCCGAUUCAAAGACAAGAAUUUUAUGUCUUGGGGGACGGGUCUCAGCUCAAUCUCGUCGUUAUUGACAAAACGCAAGAAGUGGAAUCUGGUGUUGGUAGUAUUGGGACUCAACGUGAAAUUGCUGCUGUACAAUCUCAAAUAGCGUCUGGCCGUCGCUACAUGGCAGAGGUUAUGAAUGAAGUACUGCGGUCCCGAAGCGAGUCACAUCGAGAGAUGCAAAAGAUACAAGCUAUCUUGAGACGGAUAGCCAUGCAGCCACCUAAAGACCUGUAUGAACUUUGGCACGAGUAUCAGCUCGGAUCCGGUGGGCUAAAACCAGCCAAGGAGUUUACAUCCAUUGAGCGAGGCGCAAACAAUGUAUCAAACGUACGGUAG